CAUCGUCUCUAACGACAACUACCGGGACCUGGCCAAUGAGAAGCCAGAGUGGAAGAAGUUCAUUGACGAGCGGUUGCUCAUGUAUACGUUCGUCAAUGACAAGUUCAUGCCUCCUGAUGAUCCUCUGGGUCGCCAUGGUCCCAGUCUGGAGAACUUCCUGAGGAAGAGACCAGUUAUCCCAGAACACAGGAAGCAGCAAUGUCCCUAUGGGAAGAAGUGCACUUACGGCCACAAGUGUAAGUUCUUCCACCCUGAGAGAGGCAGUCAGCCCCAACGCGCUGUGGCCGAUGAGCUGCGUGCCAAGAACUCCUCUUCAUCCUCUACCUCUUCCUCCAAAAUGGUGGGCGAGGCUCUGAUGGUGAAGAGUCACAGCAUGUCCAGCAGCUCCAGGGUAGACGGGAUCCCAGACCCCCACCAAGCUCCCCCAAAGAGACAGUCGGACCCCAGCCUUUGCGCCCCCUCCUACAACGACCUCCUGGAAGAGCAUCUGGGCAGGAGGACUAAAGCAGAGGCCCGCAGAGGGAGUAGCAGCAGUAGCAGCAGCAGCAGCCUCCUGGCUUCUGCUCCUGGGGGACCUCCUUCCAGCCACAGCUUCUCUCUUCAGGACUGGGGGAACACCUCCUCCAGAGCUCCAGGGCUGUCGGGGCUUGUUCACUCAAAGUCAUACUCCACCUGUGAAUCCCCAGAGCUAAGCUACCACUCCCUGAUGGGGGCUUACUCCAGCCUAAGCCUGGUAGUGCCGCGGAGCCCCGAUCGGCUGUUCCCAGCUGACCUACGGAUGGGCUCAAUGGUGUCUGACUGCAGCAGCGAGGGCAGCGUGAGCUCAGACUCCUUCUCCCCUGAUCCCCUGCUGGAUGACAGCCUCAAGUGCCACUAUCCCCACCCCCAUCACCACCAUCAUCACUGCCCUAGCUGCUACCCACAUCACCCCAACCACCCACCCCCUGGUUUGACCCAGCACCCCCAUGGAGGCUCCCACCAUGGCUACCCUCUAGCUCAGAGCAGCCUGGAGGAUCCUCCCUCCUCCCUCCACCACUUCAAGGCCCAGCUCUCCUACCUUCCUCCCCAUAUUCAGCAACCGUCUGUGGGGAGCCACUCUGGCUGUUCUGGGAACUACCCUCCCCAACCUCUAUCCCAGACCUCAAGCCCCCACUCCCACUCCCACUCUCACAGCUCUCCUCUGGGGCAUAACCUGGGGGGCUCCACCUGGCAGGACAACAACAGCCUCUACAAGCAAUCCCCUGUCCACCCAAGGAGGAUCUACCCUGGGCCAGGACAGGAGCAGCGACUGGCCAGAUGGGACCCCCACUACAAGCAUCUCCCCCAGGCCUGCUACGAGCCUUUCACUUUCCAGUCCCUGCCUGAGGGCCGCAAAAAACCCUGGCACUCGCCCUGGCCCAGGGGGACACACUCUCCCCAUCCUCAAUCCCUUUCCUCCUCCCAUCUUCCACCUCUUACCCACCACUCUACGGCCCCCCAGCACCAGGAGCCCCCUGGCCUGGGCAGAUACCAGGACGUGAGGGAGAAUGUGUUUGUCAACCUGUGUAACAUCUUCCCCCGAGAGCUGGUGAGGGUGGUGAUGGUGAGGAACCCCCAUGUGAUGGACGCCCAGCAGCUGGCUGCAGCCAUCCUGACUGAGAAGUCCCAGGCUGGCUACUGAGUACUGACACUACUGUUGCAGAGGAAAUAAGUGGCGUGCUCAACUCUAUAGUCUCCCCAAAACAUCUACGAUGCAGGGGAAGAUGCUUUAUCUUUUUCCAUCAAAUAUUAUUUGUGUUUUUUUUUCACUGCUCUGCUCGUUCAUUACUGUUGUGUGGUAUGAGAACACCUUCAGCACUUAAGGUCAGUAUUCCGGAGAUUCUGAAUGGGAUGUGUUGCUUUAAUUUAUUUAUUUUGUAAUAUAUUUUAAAUUAUUUCUAUAGCUUUUAAUAUUUUUUAAUGGCACUUUUGAUAGAUUUAUUUAUGAUUUUUAUUUUAUUUUUGGAAAUCAUAUCAUAGGGUAAGGAGGGCUCAAGUGUUUCAGGGUGCUUCAGAGUUAGGGAAAGUCCUGAGGUGUCAAAACAGGGUGAAUUAUGGGAUUCCAAAUCUAGGGUAUGGUUUGUCAUCAUAAAAUGACACUUCCAAACAUUUAAAUGUAAAGACAAAGCAAAUCCAUAAGUCCAAGCUACACUGAUUUCAUUUUAUCCCUGUCAUUUCUCAUUAGAGAAUUGUUAAAACAGGUGGUGAAUUUGAUAUCAUUGUUGAAAGAUUUGAUGAAUUUCCCCUUUAGAGAAGUGAAACGCAGGAACUCCAACUGUUAAAGGCCUGAUAAAGUUCAUGUGAAAACCCCAGAUUAUUGUUUACUCUUACAUACAGGAGCUAGUUCCUCUCUGGGGAGAGACCAAAAACUUACUUCACAGCAUGGAAGAUUGCGAUAUUGAUUUUCUUUUCCUUUUUUUACUCAUUUUUCUUUGUCCUCCAAAAAACAUUCUGGCCAUUGAAAUCAUAUCAAGAUGGUUCUUGAGGAUAUUCAAACUAGUGCAGGUGCACUGUUCGUUUAAACAGUUUUUUUAAUAUAUAUUUUCUUUUACGUAUGAAUGUGUUAAUUGAUUUGUCCCUUUGUCAUUUUCAUUAUGAGUAAGAGUAUUUUAGUUAAAGAGGGUAUCAUUACAAGAGAAGACGUCUGGUGUAACCAUCCAGACAGACAGACAACUGUAACUUCAGUCUGUGGACAGGGUAUUUCUAGGCUCUACCUCCUGGCUUAGAAUCCAUUGCAAGUUGUCACUAUCACUGAGUGAAUAUAAUAAAUAUUUAGGCAAUGACACCUCUGUGCCUUACUCACACACAGCAGUCCAAAACACUGGACUUGUGUUGCCAAGGUAACCUGACCACCACAUACUUUAGUGAACAAGAGAAUGCCUCUCCUCAUUGAUACAAAUUGUAUCAUAUUAACUUAAACCAGAUCAUUGUUUUAUAUGAGAAUAUUUAUACAAAAGGUAUUUUGAGUAUAUGUGGCGUAAUUGGUCACAUUUGUUACUGUUCUAAAAUAUACUGAACAAAAAUAUAAACGCAACAUGUAAAGUAUUGAUCCCAUGUUUCAUAAAAGAUCCCAGAUAUUUUCCAUACGCACAAGAAGCAUAUUUCUCUCAAAUGUUUACAUCCCUGUUAAUGAGCAUUUCUUUUUUUGCCAGGAUAAUCCAGAUGUGGGAUAUCAAGAAGCUGAUUAAACAGCAUUAUCAUUACACAAGAGCAACUUUUGUUCAGUAUAUAUUUUGGGAUUUUAAAAAAUUGUGUUUUAAGAAGUAUUUGUGAAAGAAAAGGGCAUCAAAUGCAAUUUCUUCAAACUACUGUACUGUGAUUGAUGAUCAGCAUACAGAGAGGACAGAAAAGGUAUGUGAUAUCUGGGUUCCUUGGGACGUCCCUACCCCAUUGAAGUUGACAUUUGAAAUGGUUAAGGUUUGGGUUAGGUAAUGGUUAGGAUGGAGGUGAGGGUUUAAGGUAGGGAUGUCCCAAGGAUUCCGGAUAGCACUGAUCGACAGGAAAAGGUGGGUUGUUGUUUUAUUAUUGUUGAACUGAAAUUGUGUUGGGUGGUCUCAGUCAUGUGAGUGUGACUGUGGGGGUCAGCUUUAUGGUGAAGCCAUUAUUUGUUCACAAUCAGCCUCUAUUGACAGUCAUGAUCUUUCUCUUAAUAUAUUUCUGUACAGUGGUUCUCAGCUCUCUCUUCAAACUAAGGCUAUCCCUUCAGAGGAUCAGUGGAACACCGCUGACUGGACAAAGACAGCACUUAGUCUCUGGAACCAGUUUCUCAACAUGACAACAGCCAAAAGUGCAUUUUUUUAGCUGAGCAACGUGUAGCACCUUUCUAGGGCACUAUGUGCCAGUGUGCUUCUGUGUGUGGCAGAGUAUUAAAUGCCUCUACAUGGCAUUGUGCUUCUUUUAACCACAUCUGAUGAUAGUCUGAACCAUGUUCAGUUAAAAAAUGUAAUAUUUUUCCAUGUUCAGAUUUUUUAAAGAGAUGUUUUUGGAAUUCUGUGUGAGGUUUUUAAUUUUUUAUCAGCAUUAAGAUAUUUGAGGGGAAUUGUUUGGGUGGUUUUCCUCAGUGUCACUGGAUAUGGCCUGUGCUGUACUCUACUGUUAAUCUCUGCUAUAAUGAAACACCCUUUGAUGAGGUGACUUGUUCGGUUUGCAGACAGUGUAUGUAUACUGUAUGUCAGUGGAGGCUGCUGAGGGAAGGACGGCUCCUAAUGAUGGCUGGAUUGAGUAAAUGGAAUGGCAUCAAACAUGGAAAUCAUGUGUUUGAUACCAUUCCACUUAAUCUGAUCCAGCCAUUAGCACGAGGCCGUCCUCCCCAAUUUAGGUGCCACCAACCUCCUGUGGUAUAUGUGCUGGUUUUUGUAUACAAUACUUGGUUGAAUUUCUUCCACCAAUUUUUUUAUCAUUUUGGAAUUUGGUUAAUUUUAUUUUAUUUCAUCUGACUGGUUAGUAUAUUAUUCUAUUUGACUGUUUGUUUCAUUGUGUCCGUCUGUAUCCAAGGCCUAC